CUUAACAUGGCGUCCUUCUCUUUUAGCCUGCGAGGCUACGUCGCACUGGCCAUAUACACUAUCUUCAGACUACAUCAAUUCGGACUACUCCCAAACCCUUUCCAAUCCUAUUACCGUUUUACUCCAGUGAUGCAGCUUCUUGUCAAUGCGCUUCACUGUCUUGCAUCAUUAGUUCUAGCAGUCGAGAUUCUCCUCGACUUUUUUGCAUCACCACCGCCAGAGAGGAUUCCACAGGAAGGAAACACGGAUCCACUGGCAUCUGAGGAGACAGUUCGCUGGUGGAAUACGGUGACUAACGGGUUGGUUCAAGGGAAGGUGUGUGGCGCGUUCGUAGACAUCUGCCCCAUGUUGAUGGGAGAUCCACUCAGAAGCGUCACUUUCCCGGAGCGUUCGUUGAAGACCCAUCUACCCUCGCCAGUAAUCAAGACGGUGCAGAUGCGGCUGCCGACUCGUUAGACUAUGGAUCAUUUUCCUCACCUAUGCUAUUCCAUCGUUCCCCGCCCUAUCCAUCCUUCAUCAUAUCUUCAUAUUCAGCGCAGGUCUCUCCUGUUGUUCCCAGCCAGCAAACGUGCCGCAGCGGUGACGCCCUCGAGGAGAAAGAGAGCAGGGCGCAUAUAUCCAACAUCUCGGCCGACUCAAGAGAGCCGCCACUAGAGACGUCCCCGAGUAGCUUCAUCACCGAAGCUAUCUACAAGUUCAUAUUGGCGAGGACGUCUACUUCUCACAGUCGAAACAGGGCAUCGGACAGCUCGGCAGACGAGCUCGAUAUCGCAGCCCAUUUCCUUCUCGCUUCAGCAUCCACAUCCAUGCCUUCGCCUUCGGCGCUGGGGAUACAGCUAGAGGUCCCACGGACUUCGGAGGGCGUCGACGAGAACACGAAUAUGGCUAGAUCGUCUUCCUUCGUCUUAUUGACGCCAUGCAAUUCCGCUCUAGAUCUGGAUAACUCCCUCGAGAGGGUUGACGGGGAUACGUCAAAGCGUGUCAUCGAGCGUGGUAUCAAAGCAAUUCUAGAGGCAGUGGACACAAGUCUGGAGAGAGCGGCGGGCGACGAUAACAGCGUCGGGAGCGGAUCUCGAGGAAAUCCAGAUUGCGGAGAGGAGCAGUGUGAGCAGUCGAGGAUAUCUGACACAAGCAUGUCGCCGACGCGGAUGUCGCUGGCUCAGCUGGUUCGGGCAAUUAAAGCGACGAGGGCUAACGAUACUCGAGAAAACGAUACUUCUGCCGCUCUGCCGAAGCUCGCCAAGCUUCCGCCUAGCUUCGUACCUCGAGCGCUCUUUAUGGCACCGGCGGGAGAUCUAGCGGAGACGUCUACAGGUGGCCGUGUCGCCGAGAAUGGGAAGGAAGUCUCGGAGGGCCACAGUUCAUCUGCGGCGCCACCUGGAGGCGUAGAUGUACCUGUCCGCCUCCCUCCUCGACCGCCAGCUCUACCGGCGACGAGCGCGCAUCGUCCAUCUGCGUCCGACACAUCCGCCAUGCCGAUGUCCUACACUUCCUACCCACAGCUAGUGAACCACGCAGCGCGAUGGGCGCCUCCGCCUGUUCACCCGCAUCCGAUGGGCAUCCAGCCGCCUUUCCCGCCUCACCUAGAUCAUCCCAUGUUCCAGCCCUCGAUGCAGCCGGGUGGACUGUACGCAGCAGCUGCGAUGCACGCCCACAACAUGAGCUGGAACGGCCCUCAGGGGUACAACGCGUUCCCACAUCCUUAUCCCCACCAGCAGCACUAAUGCGGAUGCAGACCGGGUUCCCCGGCGCGACAGCCGCGAUGUGCUUUCAGAACUACAACCCCCCUUCGCGGCUGGGCGUUCCUCCUGCCAGCGGGACUACUCCGGUUCCCCCGCCUAUUCCAGAACAUGCGCC